AUGCGGACAGAGUCGCAGCGGCACUGUGGAGCAGUUACUGGAAUCGCUUUGACAUUCGGAAAUACGAUUGAGUUGAGAGUUGGUAGUGACGGUGGUGGUGAAUCUGCGAUGGAUGCUGCUGCCAUGUGUCCAGUCAACUAGUGUAUCCAUGGAGACGCCAGAGCCGGGUCCAGCUGAUGGAGAAGAGCAUCUGGUGGAGCUGCGACCUCGGACACGCUCCAACCCGGAAGGUGCCGAGGACCGUCGCAGCAGCACGGGCAGCCUCGGAGGGAUCAGUAACCCCAACGUAGCCCAGCCUGCCGUGGGGAGCCGUGUGGAGGGCGAGGGUGAGGCUUCGACCAACGACAGUCCUCUCGCUUCCACUACCGCAACACUUUCAGUAGCUGCGGUUCAGAACGUGGCCCCCGUUGCAUCGGCAGCAUUGGCGGCGGCAGCAUCCGGUGCCACAGUGCCGCUAUCCGCUGCUGCCAUCGCAGCUAAAGAGAGGCCGAAGCCCACACAGCAGCAGCAGCAGCAGCAGCCCGCCAUGACAACCCCGAUCCUCCCACCGGCAGAUUACCAGCUCAGAGUUCCCCGGGUUAACUGUCCAGAGAAAGUGAUCAUCUGCUUAGACCUUUCUGAAGAGAUGUCUUUGCUAAAGUUGGAGUCUUUUAACGGGUCUAAAACAAACGCGCUGAACAUUUCCCAGAAGAUGAUCGAAAUGUUUGUCAGAACUAAACACAAGAUUGACAAACGACAUGAGUUUGCCCUGGUGGUUGUCAAUGACGACGCCCUGUGGUUGUCAGGCUUCACGUCUGAUCCCAGGGAGCUGUGCAGCUGUCUGUAUGACCUUGAGACCAAUGUGUGCGAGUCCUUCAACCUUGAAGAUCUUCUUAAUGUAAUUCGUCAGAAGAUUGAGCUGCCGUCGAUGGACAACGUUCAGACCGUCCCUCCUCCAUAUGUGGUGCGGACUGUGCUCAUCUACAGCCGCCAUGCAGGGCAGCUUCAGUUUAGCCCAUCAGAGGCCGUUGGCAAAAUGCUGCAAUCUCCAUAUUUUUUCUUCGAUGUGGUCUAUCUUCACAACGGGAUGGAGGAGCAGGGGGAUGAGACCAGCUGGAGGGACAACUACACCUCUUUCUGCAACCUGGACUCAAAGGGCGUGUGCUAUCGCUUUGAGGUCUCCCUGAGUGGACCUGCCAUCGAGCUGCACAACUGCAUGGCCAAACUUUUGGCUCAUCCUUUACAAAGACCUUUCCAGAGCCACGCGUCCUACAGCCUGCUGGAGGGGGAAGACCCCCAGGACAUUGAGGCAACAGUCUAAAACAUGGCACACCCAUAAAGCCCCGUUAGGAUUUUAGGUUUACUAGAAAGAAGGUUUUUCUAUUAACUGCUUCAGAGAAAUAAUUUGUGAGAAUAUUUGUUAAAACAAGCUGUAGUUCUAAAGAAACAACAGGACUAUCACACGUGUGUGUGUUUCCAUAAAAUAAUCAAAGUCAUGAUUGUUUUAAGCUGCAGAAGUAAUACAAUUAUUUGUUUUUUGGGCUUUAAUACUCUUGGAGGUUUCCAAGGAAGGACGUGAUAUAGUAAAUAUCACCUCACCUAGAAGCAAGUAGAAAGAGAAGAUAAAGGAUUACAAAGAAUGAAGAUGGUUAAAGCAUCGGCUUUUGUUAAACUUGCUUCCUUUUUAUUUUGAGUCCUCACCCUGCUGAUCUGUGUGUGAAACAUUUGUCUCAAAUGUCCGGCUGUAAUAUGAUUAACUUUAUCACCCAGGACGCAACAUCUGUAAUAUUGCUUCCCCUUGUAGUUUAUGAUUUUCCCUUUUCGUUGCCUGUUUUAAUGUAUUAUGUGUUUUAUAAGGGGUUGUAUUUUAUCUUAAGUUAAUUUCUCAGCCUUGUAUGUUACACAGACAAUGAAAUACAGUAAUGUAGAAGCAGCCCCUCUUUUGACAAUGACAUCUCUGUCGUUGAUGGAUUGAUUGUGUCGAAACACAUUGUACAGAUGAGCUUUUUGAAGCCGUUUCUCGAUAUAAAAAGAAAGCACGUUGAA